CGUCGACACACAUUCUCGUCGGAAAUUCAAUCGGAGACAUGAAGAAAUCUCCGUUACCAAUGCAGAACGCUCACCGCUCCGAUAAGAACGUGGCCGGAAAAGAAGCACUGGUGAAGCUAUUGAGAUGGCAUUUCGGGCAUGCAGAUUUCAGAGGGAAGCAGUUAGAAGCGAUUCAAGCUGUUGUUUCUGGAAGGGAUUGUUUUUGCUUGAUGCCGACGGGAGGAGGGAAAUCGAUUUGUUAUCAGAUACCUGCGUUGGCUAAACCUGGAAUCGUCCUCGUUGUUUCUCCUUUGAUUGCUUUGAUGGAGAAUCAAGUGAUGGCGUUGAAGGAGAAAGGUAUUGCUGCUGAGUAUCUCUCCUCCACUCAAGCUACUCAUCUUAGGAACAAGAUCCACGAGGACCUUGAUUCUGGAAAACCCUCUGUAAGAUUGCUGUAUGUUACUCCAGAACUGAUCGCCACGAAAGGAUUUAUGUUGAAGCUGAGAAAACUCCAUGACAGGGGGUUAUUGAAUCUUAUAGCUAUAGACGAGGCACAUUGCAUCUCAUCAUGGGGCCAUGACUUCAGACCAAGCUAUCGUCAACUUUCAACCUUGAGAGAUUCUUUGGCUGAUGUUCCAGUGUUGGCUCUAACCGCUACUGCAGCUCCUAAGGUACAAAAGGAUGUUAUUGACUCCUUGAGUUUGCGGAAUCCUUUGGUCCUCAAGUCUUCUUUCAAUCGCCCAAAUAUCUUCUAUGAAGUUCGGUACAAAGAUCUUAUAGAUAAUGCUUACACUGAUUUGUGCAACUUACUCAAGUCAUGUGGAAGUAUAUGUGCAAUUAUCUAUUGCCUUGAGCGUACAACCUGUGAUGACUUGUCUCUUCAUCUCACCACUACUGGGAUAUCUUCUGCUGCUUAUCAUGCAGGACUCAAUAGUAGCCUGAGAAGUACUGUAUUAGAUGACUGGCUGUCCUCGAAGAAGCAAGUUAUCGUUGCCACAGGUAUAGAUAAGAAGGAUGUGAGAAUGGUUUGCCACUUCAACGUUCCAAAAUCGAUGGAAUCUUUCUACCAAGAGUCCGGUAGAGCAGGUCGGGAUCAACUACCUUCAAGAAGUGUAUUAUACUAUGGCGUAGACGAUAGAAAGAAAAUGGAGUUUCUACUAAGGAACUCGGAGAAUAAGAAACCCCCAUCCUCAAAAAAGCCUACAUCUGACUUCGAGCAGAUUAUGAGAUACUGUGAAGUUUCUGGAUGCAGAAGAAAAAAAAUUCUUGAGAGCUUUGGUGAAGAGUUUCCUGUGCAGCAAUGCCAAAAAACGUGUGAUGCAUGUAAGCAUCCAAAUCAAGUUGCUCGUUGCUUGGAGGAGCUCACGACUACCGCCUCCCGAAGACACAAUUCUUCUCGAGUUUUCAUCACUAGCUCGAGUGAUAAUAAUACCAAUGAGGGGCAGUACUCUGAGUUCUGGAAUCGUAAUGAAGAUGGAAGCGAUUCCGAUGAGGAAAUAUCAAAUUCAGAUGAUGACACUGAUGCGGUCAAAAGCCUAGCAGGACCUAAACUAUCGAAAAAGCUGGGACUAGAUGAGAAACUGGUUUUACUGGAGCGGGCUGAGCAGAAGUACAACGAAAGGAAUAAACAGGUGAAAAAGUCAGAGAAGAAUGCAAUAUCAGAAACACUAAGGGAAUCAAGCAAGCAGAGACUCUUGAAUGAGCUGACACGAGUACUUCAACUGCUCGGUGUAGAGGAGAUUAAUUCCCAAAACGCAUCUGAGCAUCUUGAAAACGAGUGCUAUAGAAAAUAUAGCAAAGCAGGGAAAUCGUUUUAUUACUCACAGAUAGCGAGUACUGCGAGAUGGUUAGGAACCGCAAGCAGAGACGAUCUAAUGACCCGACUUAGCUCAAUGCCCAGGGAAGAAGACCCAUCAGGAGAAUCAAUCAUGGUGACUGAACCAUCCCAGAACAUAGAGCAAGAAGACGGAAACACAUACACAAACGAGCCACAGGUCGAUGAACCAACACAGCUGCUCGUGACUAGCCCGAGCCGUUCGCCUAUAAGGCUCCCAGAGAUUCCGUCAUUCUCAGAGUUUGUGAACCGGAGAAAGAUGAAGCACUCUGCUGAAGGUUCGGAUGUCAAGAAACCGGCAAAGAUAAUGAAGCUACAGUGA